AUAUUUUCGCGCCAUCUCUAUGUUUGCUCUCAGCAUUUAUCAGCAAAAUAUUUUUUCGUAUUUAAUGAAUCAUUUGAAAUAUAAUAAAAUAAAAUGAAUAAAAGACAAUUUUCAUCUUCCACUGCAAAAAAGGCAAAAUAUCGAGAUGAAGAUGAUGAUGAUUAUCCUGGUUCAUUUGAAGCAGAAUUGGCUACUAUGGAUGAAAUGGAAGAUGAAUUUGGAAAUACUAUGUCUCAAGUUAUUGAAGAGGGUCCUGAACAAGAAAACACAUCUUCAAAAUGGAAUAGGCCACCACCUCCAGAGUUAAAUCCACAAAAAGAUGCAUUAAUUUUUCAACAAAUAGAAAUUGAUCAUUAUAGUGGUAUACCAUUACCUGGAAUGCCAGGUAGUAAUAUGCCUCCUGUACCAAUAAUGAGAAUGUUUGGUGUUACAGAAUUAGGAAAUUCAGUUUGUUGUCAUGUACAUGGUUUUAAUCCUUAUUUAUAUGUUAUAGCACCAACAAAUUUUAAUGAUCAUCAUUGUAGAUUAUUUAAGGAGGCUUUAGAUAAAGCAAUAUUGAAAGAUAUGAGAUCCAAUCCAGAAAACAUUCAGGUGGCUGUAUUAGCUGUUGAACGAGUAUUUAAACAAAAUAUGUAUGGAUAUACAGGAGAUGAAAAAUCAUUGUUUUUAAAAAUUACAUUAGCACUUCCAAAAUUAGUAUCACGUUGUAAGAAAAUAGUUGAAGAAGAAACUAUUUUAUCUGAUUUUAAACAUCGAUAUACAGCUUUUGAAAGCAAUAUUGAUUUUGAUAUUAGAUUUAUGGUUGAUACAUCAGUAGUUGGAUGUUCAUGGAUUGAAUUACCACCUAAAACUUGGAAGCUUCGACAACAUUUUGGACACAAUUUACCAUUAACUGCAAGAUGUCAGUUAGAAGUUGAUGUUGCUUGGGAUACUUUUAUUGCACAUGCUCCACAAGGAGAAUGGUCAAAAAUUGCUCCAUUUAGAAUUCUUAGUUUUGAUAUUGAAUGUGCAGGACGCAAAGGUAUAUUUCCCGAACCAAAUCAUGAUCCAGUGAUACAAAUUGCUAAUAUGGUAAUAAAACAAGGAGAAUCAGAACCAUUUUUACGAAAUAUUUUCACUCUUGACACUUGUGCACCAAUUGUUGGUUGUCAAGUUUUAAGUUUUGAAACAGAACAUAAAAUGUUAGAAAAAUGGGCUGAUUUUGUGAGACAAUUAGAUCCUGAUAUUUUUACAGGAUAUAACAUAAAUAAUUUUGAUUUUCCUUAUUUAAUUAAUCGAGCAAGUCAUCUUAAUGUACGAGAUUUCUAUUUUCUUGGUCGAAUAAAAAACAUAAAAUCUGUAAUUAAAACUCAAGUACUUCAAAGCAAACAAAUGGGUCGUCGUGAAAAUAAAUCUAUUAAUUUUGAAGGAAGAGUUCCAUUUGAUUUAUUGUUGGUAUUGGUUAGAGAUUAUAAAUUAAGAUCUUAUACUUUAAAUGCUGUCUCUUAUCAUUUUUUACAAGAACAAAAAGAAGAUGUUCAUCAUAGUAUUAUCACAGAUUUACAAAAUGGUAAUGCACAAACACGUCGAAGACUUGCCGUUUAUUGUUUGAAAGAUGCAUAUUUACCACUUAGAUUGUUGGAUAAGUUGAUGUGUAUUUUCAUUUAUAUGGAAAUGGCAAGAGUUACUGGAGUUUCCAUAUCUAGUUUAUUAACACGAGGUCAACAAAUUAAAGUUGUUUCACAAUUAUUGAGAAAGACUCGAGAAAAAGACUAUUUAAUGCCAGUGCAUCGAGGUCAAGCUAGUGAUGAACAAUUUGAAGGAGCAACAGUUAUAGAACCAAAACGUGGAUAUUAUAAUGAUCCUAUUGCAACUUUAGAUUUUAGUUCUCUAUAUCCUAGUAUUAUUAUGGCUCACAAUUUAUGUUACACAACAUUGUUAAAAUACGACAAACAGACUAAAAACAAUAUUCAAUCAGAUAAUAUUACUAUAACUCCUAAUGAUUCAAAAUUUGUCAAAGUUAACAUAAGAAAAGGAAUCCUUCCAGAAAUUUUAGAAAAUCUUUUGUCAGCUAGAAAAGCGGCAAAAGCUGAACUAAAAAAAGAAACUGAUCCAUUAAAACAAAAAGUUUUAGAUGGUAGACAAUAUGCUUUAAAAGUAUCUGCUAAUUCUGUGUAUGGUUUUACUGGAGCACAAAUGGGAAAACUACCAUGUUUGGAAAUAUCUGCAAGUGUCACUGCAUAUGGACGUACUAUGAUAGAACAAACAAAACAGGAAGUAGAAGAACAAUACUGCAUUUCCAAAGGAUAUAAAAAUAAUGCAGUGGUUGUAUAUGGUGAUACUGAUUCUGUUAUGAUUAAAUUUGGUGUGAAAACAGUAGAAGAAGCUAUGGAACUUGGUAAAGAAGCAGCAGAAUACGUAUCCUCAAAAUUUUUAAAGCCAAUAAAACUGGAAUUUGAAAAAGUAUAUUUUCCAUAUUUGUUAAUUAAUAAAAAACGAUACGCCGGUCUAUAUUUUACUCGUCCAGACAAAUAUGAUAAAAUGGAUUGCAAAGGUCUAGAAACUGUACGAAGAGAUAAUUGUCCAUUAGUAGCAAAUAUGAUGAAUACUUGUUUACAAAAAUUACUUAUUGACAGAAAUCCCACUGAUGCUAUGAAUUAUGCAAAACAAAUUAUAAGUGAUCUUUUAUGUAAUCGUAUAGAUAUUUCUCAGUUAGUAAUUACAAAAGAAUUAACUAAAACUGAUUAUGCAGCUAAACAAGCACAUGUUGAAUUAGCAGCAAAAAUGAAAAAACGAGAUGCUGGAAAUGCACCAAAACUUGGUGAUAGAGUACCAUAUGUUUUUAUACGAGCAGCCAAAGGCACACCAGCUUAUCAAAAAGCAGAAGAUCCAAUUUAUGUUCUAGAAAAUAAUAUUCCUAUAGAUACAAAUUAUUAUUUAGAAAAUCAAUUAGCUAAACCACUAGUACGUAUUUUUGAACCAAUCCUUGGUGAAAAAGCUGAAUCACUUUUAUUGAAAGGAGAUCAUACACGCACAAAAUCUGUUGCUACAUCAAAAGUUGGUGCUUUGUCUGCAUUUACACGUAAAAAGGAAGUAUGCUUAGGUUGCAAAGCCGUUCUUGUACCGGAAAGAGAAAAAAUGGCAUUAUGUAAAUAUUGUGAAUCAAAAGAAGCAGAAUUAUAUCAAAAUGAAUUGUAUCUUGGUAGAAAAUUAGAAGAAAAGUUUUGUAGAUUAUGGACAGAAUGUCAAAGAUGCCAGGGAAGUCUUCAUCAAGAAGUAUUAUGCACAAGUCGUGAUUGUCCAAUAUUCUAUAUGAGAAAGAAAGUUCAAAUGGAACUAGAUACGCAAAUGAAACGAAUUGAAAGAUUUGGAAUUCCAUCAUGGUAAAAUUGAUCAGUAAAUGUGACAGGUACGUUUUUAUAUAUGUUAUUGAUUUAUACAAAAAGAUAACUUUAAAAUAAAUAUAUGUAUUAAUCAAACAAUUCCAAUAUUGAAAAUAAAAAAACUAGGAUAGAACACAAAUAUUGCAUUAUUAAUAUAAAAUAUUUAAUCUUUUUUUGUAAAUUUUUUUACAAAUUAUACAUAAAAAAAUGAAUAAAUUCAUAUAAUAAUAUAAUUUAAUAUAUAACAUAUAUUUUUGAUUAUAUAUAAAUUGAAAUUUUUUUCUAUAUAUAUAGAUACAUUUUAAAAAUUUAAAAAUUAUAUAAAUCAAUCUUAUUAGAAUGAAUAAUUAAAAUGCAAUUAAUAAUUGCGAAAUAUUUAUUAUGAAAUAGUAUUUAUAUAGAUUUUGAAUACAUAAAUUAGUUAUCAAAUCUUAGUACAUUGCUCAAGAAGUUUAUUUGAAUAAUUAAUACUUAAUUAGAAUUUAAUAUUUGGUAUUAAAAUUAAAUAAUUCAAUAUUAAAUAAAAAUACUGAAAUAUAUUUUUUAAUUUUCAAUUGUCAAAUGUUAAAUAUGAUUGAAAGAUUAAAUUUGUUUUUGUACGGCAGUAUUAUAAUACUUAACAAAUUUAUAAAUAUCAUUUAAGAUAUUGUGCUUCAAUUUUACACAAAAUCUUUUUGUUUUCUAUGUUGUUUUUUUUUUUUUUUGUAUAAAAAAGAACAUUUUACAUUUGUACCUUAACAUUAUAUGAAUGAAAUUAAACCAAUUACAUAUAUUUACAUAACUAUUCACACAGUAUGUCAAAAUAUUGACACUUCAAACGAUUUCCAAUUUUACUGCAAUAUUUAUAAAUAAUCUUUUUGAUUAAUAAUAAAAAGUGAUAUAUUUAUAUUAAUAUACAUUACACUUUUUUUACACUUAUUGUUUGCCAAUAUAAUAUUAAAUUUAUAAUUUUUUAAAAAAAUUUAAUGAAAGGGCCGAUGAAGUUUAUAUAAUAAUAAAAAUCCAAAAGAUGCUGUAAUAUUAAGAAAUAAUAAAAAUUGCACAGAAAGAAUACAGCAAUGAUUAAAUCACAUGAAAAAAAUAUUUAAAUUGAAUAAAUCUUUAUGUUUAUUGUUCAUUUAAACUUCUAUAGAAAGAUAAAAUUUUUGUUUUUAUUUUUAUUCCCUGCUUCACAUUAUGAAAAUUAUAAAUAUCGUUUUUCGAUGAAAUUCGAUUAAAUAAGACUAUUUAAAAUAUAAUUAUAAUAAAUAAACGGAAUAAAGUGUCCAGCUUUGCGUGGCUUGUUCAAUUUGACAGUCAUAUGACUAGUCUUCUUAAUAAGGCUUAGGUAAAAAAAUUUCUUAAUAAUAUUAAUCAUUUUCUACUUUGCAGUGCAUUUGAUAACCAGUCCAUUGCUUGAUCAAGACCUUCACCUUUUGUUGCAGAUGUUUUAAAGAUUUGGAACGUUCUAUUUUUAAGAGCAUCUAAUCCAAGAGCCUGAUGAACUUCUGCUACACUUAAACAUCCUGCCAUAUCUUGCUUAUUUGCCAAAACCACUAAAAUGGCACCUUGCAGUUCUUCUUCCUGAAUAUAUACAAAUAUUAUAUAUACAUUUAUAUAUUAAUGAUAUAAGAACAUAAUUUUAAAAUUAAAAAAUUAUAAAUUAUAUUCUGUAUGUUAAGAACACUUCAUACUGUUAAUAUCAUUUUCAUAUCAAAUUGUUCAUACAUUGUUAUUUAAUAAAAUUUAAUUACAGACAAA